AUGGGAAAUAAUUGUAAAGGGCAAUGUGGUGGAUGCUAUAAGAGAGACUAGGAAAUUGUCGUAAUGAUAAGUGGCUAUAAUAGAAAAGUGAGCAGCAACAAAUAUUAUCAGAGAAGCCAAUAGAAUCUUCUAGUAAGCGAAGUUCGAAAAAUAAUGUUUAACAGAAUACAAUAUAGAUGGGAUGCAAGAGUGAAUAAUCACAAAAGCCUUAAACAAAAAGUGUAGUUGAUAUGGUAGAAGACAAAUAGAGAAAGACAAAGGCAAUAGUGAAAAUAUAAUCUCAUUGGAGAGGAUAUAGAGUGAGAAAGGAAGUAUAUUCAAUGAUAAAGAGUUAAACAAGUGUAAGUAGUUAAGUGAGUAAAUCAACAGGAAGUUAUUUUGAUAGAUUGGGAAAUGAUUCGAAAUCAUAGAAGUAAUAAAGAGUUGAUUCAAUAGAUUAACAAAAUUGUAUAAUGGACAAUGGUUAGGUAAUGAGAGACAUGGAUAUGGAUGUUAGAAAUGGCCAGAUGGAGCAACAUAUGAAGGAGAAUGGUAACAUAAUAAAGCGAAUGGGAAAGGAAUAUUUAGACAUGCAGAUAAAAUAGAAUAUGAUGGAUAUUGGAGAAAUAAUAAAGCAUGUGGAUAUGGAACAUUGAAAUCACCUAGUGGAGCAUAUUAUGAAGGAGAAUGGGAAGAUGAUUUAUAACAUGGAUUUGGAAAAGAAAAAUGGGCUGAUGGAUCAUUUUAUGAAGGUUAAUAUGUUAAAGGAAUGAAAUGUGGAAAAGGUAAAUAUGUAUGGAGUGAUAACAGUUAUUAUGAAGGAGAAUGGUUAAAUAAUAAAAUACAUGGAUAAGGAGUAUAUCAUUGGAUUGAUGGAAGAGGAUAUAUUGGAUAAUGGAAAAAUGGAAUGAUGAAUGGGCAAGGAGAAUAUAGUUGGAUUGAUGGUCGUAAAUAUAUAGGAAAUUAUUUAAAUGAUUAAAAACAUGGUUAUGGAGUCUAUCGCUGGGUUGAUGGUAAAGAAUAUAGAGGAGAAUGGUUAUUUGGAUAAUAAAAUGGAGAAGGUACUUAUAUUACUGUUGACGGAAAAACUAGAAAAGGAAUAUGGUCAGAUGGAAAAUUAACUAAAUGGAUUAAAUGA